AUGCCUCGCCAGGCCGCCUCGCGGCUGGUGGUCGGGGAAGGCGACAGGGCCCAGGGGGCGUCGGGGCCUGCGGCCACCAUGCUCCGCUCCCUGCUGCUUCACUCCCUGCGGCUCUGCGCCCAGACCGCCUCGUGCCUCGUGCUCUUCCCGCGCUUCCUGGGCACGGCUUUCAUGCUGUGGCUGCUGGACUUCCUGUGCAUCCGCAAGCACGUCCUGGGCCGCCGCCGCCGGGGGCAGCCCGAGCCCGAGGUGGAGCUCAACAGCGACGGCGAGGAGGUGUCCCCCGACGACCCGCCCAUCUGCGUGUCGGAUGACAACCGCCUGUGCACGCUGGCGUCGCUCCGGGCCGUGUGGCACGGCCAGCAGCUGGACUUCUUCAAGCAGGCGCACGAGGGCGGCCCGGCGCCCAACUCCGAGGUGGUUCUGCCUGACGGCUUCCAGAGCCAGCGCAUCCUCGACUACGCCCAGGGGAACCGCCCGCUGGUGCUCAACUUCGGCAGCUGCACCUGACCACCGUUCAUGGCGCGCAUGAGCGCCUUCCGACGCCUGGUCGCCAAGUACCGGCGCGACGUCGACUUCCUCAUCAUCUACAUCGAGGAGGCGCACCCCUCCGACGGCUGGGUCACCACCGACUCCCCCUACGUCAUCCCGCAGCACCGCAGCCUGGAGGACAGGGUCAGGGCGGCCAGGGUGCUGCAGCAAGGCGCGCCGGGCUGCGCCCUGGUGCUGGACACCAUGGCCAACUCCAGCAGCUCGGCCUAUGGCGCCUACUUCGAGCGCCUCUACGUCGUCCAGAGCGGCACCAUCAUGUACCAGGGCGGCCGAGGCCCCGACGGCUACCAGGUCUCGGAGCUGCGCGCUUGGCUGCGGCGCUACGACCAGCAGCUGCGUGGCGCCCGGCCCCGGCGGGUGUAAGCGACCGAGGGACAACUGGCCGGACGGGGCGGGCUGGGCCUCGGAGCCGUCGAGGCCCACGGGCAAGCGCCAGAGGAACUCAAGCUUGGCGAGGCCCCAGUGACCCGGAGGGGCUGAGACUGCGCCCUCAGCCAGGGGAAGCCCCGCUCUCCUGGGACUGCUGCUGUGGCUGCCUCUCCCCGGUACCUGCCUGGCUUGCCCGAAUCCCCCUCCCCCGGCUGGGAGCGCAGAGGCGGCGCGCACCCCCGCCCGCGUGCGUGCCCCGGGCACUCGCCCGCACAGCACCGUCUCGUGCCAGCUCCGCGGCGCGCCUUCAGACCUUGGUCGCGCCCGCGCUCUGCGCGCAGCUGGGUUCCGGCGGCGCUCUCGGCAGUUGCCUGGCAUCCACCUGUCGCUCUCGGAGAAGGGGAGC